CUACUGCUCUAAUAACACUGACCACCCCAAGGUAAUAUACUACUGCUCUAAUAACACUGACCACCCCAAGGUAAUAUACUACUGCUCUAAUAACACUGACCACCCCAAGGUAAUAUACUACUGCUCUAAUAACACUGACCACCCCAUGGUAAUAUACUACUGCUCUAAUAACACUGACCACCCCAAGGUAAUAUACUACUGCUCUAAUAACACUGACCACCCCAAGGUAAUAUACUACUGCUCUAAUAACACUGACCACCCCAUGGUAAUAUACUACUGCUCUAAUAACACUGACCACCCCAAGGUAAUAUACUACUGCUCUAAUAACACUGACCACCCCAUGGUAAUAUACUACUGCUCUAAUAACACUGACCACCCCAAGGUAAUAUACUACUGCUCUAAUAACACUGACCACCCCAAGGUAAUAUACUACUGCUCUAAUAACACUGACCACCCCAAGGUAAUAUACUACUGCUCUAAUAACACUGACCACCCCAUGGUAAUAUACUACUGCUCUAAUAACACUGACCACCCCAAGGUAAUAUACUACUGCUCUAAUAACACUGACCACCCCAUGGUAAUAUACUACUGCUCUAAUAACACUGACCACCCCAAGGUAAUAUACUACUGCUCUAAUAACACUGACCACCCCAAGGUAAUAUACUACUGCUCUAAUAACACUGACCACCCCAUGGUAAUAUACUACUGCUCUAAUAACACUGACCACCCCAAGGUAAUAUACUACUGCUCUAAUAACACUGACCACCCCAUGGUAAUAUACUACUGCUCUAAUAACACUGACCACCCCAAGGUAAUAUACUACUGCUCUAAUAACACUGACCACCCCAUGGUAAUAUACUACUGCUCUAAUAACACUGACCACCCCAAGGUAAUAUACUACUGCUCUAAUAACACUGACCACCCCAUGGUAAUAUACUACUGCUCUAAUAACACUGACCACCCCAAGGUAAUAUACUACUGCUCUAAUAACACUGACCACCCCAUGGUAAUAUACUACUGCUCUAAUAACACUGACCACCCCAUGGUAAUAUACUACUGCUCUAAUAACACUGACCACCCCAAGGUAAUAUACUACUGCUCUAAUAACACUGACCACCCCAUGGUAAUAUACUACUGCUCUAAUAACACUGACCACCCCAUGGUAAUAUACUACUGCUCUAAUAACACUGACCACCCCAUGGUAAUAUACUACUGCUCUAAUAACACUGACCACCCCAAGGUAAUAUUAAUACUGCUCUAAUAACACUGACCACCCCAAGAUAAUAUACUACUGCUCUAAUAACACUGACCACCAAGGUAAUAUACUCCUGCUCUAAUAACACUGACCACCCCAAGGUAAUAUACUACUGUUAUAAUAACACUGACCAA